AUGGCUAAUGGCACGGUGGUGAUGGAAUUCCUGCUCUUGGGUCUCUCAGAGGUCCGGGAGCUGCAGCUGGUCCAUGCCACGCUGUUUCUCCUGGUCUACCUGGCGGCCCUGACAGGGAAUCUCCUCAUCGUCGCCGUCACCACCCUCGACCAGCGCCUCCACACCCCCAUGUACUUCUUCCUCAAGAACCUGUCCAUCCUCGACCUCUGCCUCAUCUCUGUCACCGUCCCCAAAUCUUUCUUCAAUUCAGUGACCAACAACAACUCCAUUUCUUUCAAGGGCUGCGUACUGCAAGUGUUUUUCUUUGUUUCGGCUGUUGUCUCUGAGGUGGUCCUGCUCACAGUGUUGUCCUGUGAUCGCUACGCUGCCAUCUGCCACCCCUUGCGUUAUGAGGCCGUCAUGAACAGAGGGGUUUGUGGGAAGAUGGCAGCCGCCUCCUGGCUUAGUGGGGGGCUCUCCGGCCUCAUGCACACGGCUGCCACCUUCUCUGAACCUUUCUCUGGGCCCAACGUAAUCCACCAGUUCUUCUGUGACGUCCCCCUGCUUCUGAAGCUCUCUGGUCCCCAAGGAAACAUAUAUGAAUAUUCAGUCAUUGUCCUUUCUGCCAGUUCCUUCGCCAUCUGUUUUGCAUACAUAGCUACCUCGUAUGUCUGCAUCUUCUCAGCCGUGCUGAGGAUGCCGUCAGCAGAGGGCCGGUCCAAAGCUUUCUCCACCUGCCUGCCCCAUCUCAUCGUCGUGACUUUCUUCGUCUCCACGGGUGUUUCUGAAUACCUGAUUCCAUCCUCCAAUUGUCCAUCAGGUCUAGACUUGCUUCUUUCCUUUUUCUAUUCCAUGGUGCCCCCGGCUCUGAACCCUGUCAUCUACAGCUUGAGGAAUCAGGCAAUGAAAGCUGUUCUAGGGAGGAUGUUAUGCCUGGAAUAA